GUUUUUGCUUUACUUUCUAUGCUCUAGAUAAUUGUGUGACGCUAACUAUAAGCACCAUCAGCAUAUAAAAAGGCUGGUCCAAAGUAUAUUGGCUGCAAGAACAGGAAAAGGGGCGUCAUCAGUUGUACAAGCGCCGCAGCAUCACAUCUCACCGGUGCCCGGAUAUGUUUCGCGCCGGUUCUUGCCAGAGGUUUGCUGUCUGGGCCAUAUAUGUACCUGCGUCUUACAGCUAUCUUUUGCAGCAAUUAUGAAUGAUGUUCACCGCAUCACACGUGGCGUCGUGGUUGAGGAUCAGAUGUGUUUCACCGUUGAAUCCAUUGUCAUCCUCACAGAAAAUAGUCGGCUUGAUACAUGACGAGCGGAACCAAGAUACUCCGCCAUUUUCGUGUCUAUAAGCGGUCUUUCAUCUAUUGGAAGACCGACCGUUGCUCCGCCAGUCAUGCGCGACAAGAUACUGCGCGGUUUUCAGAGAGACGGCCUGGAAAUUGAUUAUUUUGUGUAGGUCUUGAGAAGCCAAUGAAGUUUUUAUAUAGCACAGUAUACCGUGUUUGAUGAAGGGAACUAAGGCAUCAUGUUCGUUAGUAACCAGACAGUAAGUUAUGCCUAUGUGGUCUUUUUAUUUAGUAGUUGUUUCCUGUUUGAUGUGCCUACUGACAAGCAGUGGAAUUCGGAGACUAUGCUCGGCGCUGAUAAGAAAUAGCCGAGCGGUGAUAGCGUCGAAUUGUAUCUUUAUUCCCACCAGCGCUCGGCCACUUUCGCUCAAUGCCGAGGUGAGAACCAGGCAGUAAUUUGAGUCAUGGAGUUGUGCCGCUCUUCCGGACAACUAUCGUAU